AUGUCUGCAGAAAGUCAUUGUCAAAUAGUACUUGAAAAUUGGAGGAGACUACAACAACUAUCCAGUCCAGUCAAAGAGAAGGCUGUGGUGGUGAGAGGGAAGCAGCUAACGCUAGCCGAUGUGGUCGCCGUAGCACGAUAUGGCACCAAGACUUUUAUCGAUGACUCGCCUGAAUUGCGCGAAGGCGUGGACAAGAGCGUGAGGUUCUUGAAGAAAUGCGUUGACAGAGGCGAAAUUCUUUAUGGCAGGUUCACUCUCAGCUUAAUGGUUUCUGUCAAGUUUCCCAUUCUGAUUGCAUUCGCCCAGUCUAGGUAUAAACACCGGGUUUGGAGGAAGUGCCAACACACAAACAAGCGAUACCAAGAAUCUUCAAAUUUCAUUGAUGCAGAUGCAGCAGUAUGGCAUCAUGUCUACUGGAGAGAAUCAAUAUCCGGGAGCAGGAAACCGAAUAGCGGCCACGGAGAUGCCCGACUCAUGGGUGCGAGCAUCGAUGUUGGUCAGGUGCAAUACCCUGUUGAAGCCAUUGCAGAGCUCCUCAAUAGACAGUGUACUCCCCUUGUUCCUCUACGAGGCAGUAUUUCUGCCUCGGGUGAUUUGAGUCCCCUGUCUUAUAUUGCUGGUGUCUUGGAAGGUAACCCAAAGCUCCUGUUCCGGACGAACAAUAUGGGCACUCCUUGCAAGGAGCAUCAGCACCGAGGACUAGUUCCUGCUGAUAAGCUACUGGCCCAGAUUGGUAUGGAACCUAUAUCCUUUGGCCCAAAAGAGGGCUUAGGGUUGAUCAAUGGGACGGCAGUGUCUGCAGCUGUAGGGGCCAUGGCGCUCCAUGAAACGCAUCACCUGGCAGUUCUUUCACAAGUUCUCACAGCGAUGGCGGUAGAGGUCAUGUCUGGGAGCCCCGAGAGCUUUGAUCCCUUCAUUGCCCAGGUUCGUCCUCAUGUCGGUCAGCUCGAAUGCGCCGCCAAUAUCAACCGAUUCCUGCACGGCUCCAGACUCACCCAGGUUGUGCAUUCUUCACAAGAUAUGGGAACGGGUGCAUCUCCUCAGCUCCGUCAGGAUCGUUACGCACUACGUACAUCAUCUCAGUGGAUGGGCCCACUGCUGGAAGAUCUCAACCUGGCUCAUAAGCAAGUGACCGUCGAGCUUAAUUCGACCACUGACAACCCUUUGAUCGACACUGAACGUGAGCAAAUUCUCCACGGGGGUAAUUUUCAGGCCAUGUCUGUCACUGUCGCCAUGGAAAAGGCCCGGUCAGCGCUCCAAAUCAUGAGCAAGAUGCUCUUCGCCCAAUGCACGGAAAUGAUCCACCCUGAUCUGAACAACGGCCUCCCACCGAAUCUGUGCUUCGAUGAACCCAGUCUUUCCUAUUGUCUCAAGGGAGUUGAUAUCGGAAUGGCAGCCUAUACGUCUGAGCUGGGAUUCCUCGCUCAUUCGGUUGGGCCAAAUGUGCAGUCAGCAGAGAUGUCCAACCAGGCCAUCAACUCUUUAGCUCUCAUCUCCGCACGAUAUACGCAGACAGCAAUCGACGUGUUUUCUAUGCUGGCUGCAUCAUACAUCUAUGUUCUCUGUCAGGGGCUAGAUCUCAGAGUGCUGCAGCUGGAAUUCUUCAACGCCCUUCAACCCAGCGUGGAGAUCAUCACCAACCGUGUAUACGGUCCCUUUUUGACCACUCCCUCUGCCUGUGAUAAUCUAAACUCGCUCCUCUGGACACAUAUUACCAGCACUCUGAAGUCAUCGGCAGCAACUACAAAGGACUCCCAGCACCGCUUCGCCAUGGUCGCUGAGGCAGCUCAGUCUGUUGUGGUGACCUUUUUCGCUUCCAAUCCUGGGGCGACAACUGGUUUCUCUCCGCAAAUGACGACUAUUCAUGCCUGGGUGACGGAUUUGUCAAGUGCUAUGGCUGAGGCUUUCCGGGGUAGCCAAAUGCUCUUGAACAGCCCUCAGUCUCCAACAUCGAAGUACUUGGGGCUAGCAGCACGUAUCAUGUACCAAUAUGUACGUCACACACUGAAUAUUCCCCUGAAUCGAGGCCUGGUAGACCAUCCUACUGCCUACCCGACUGGGAAAUCAAUCGGCUCUGGAAUAGAUGCGCCGCCUUCUGCAAAUGAAGAUACCCAGACCAUUGGCACGUACAUAACGAGAAUUUACGAAGCCUUGCGAUCGGAGGCUUUGAUGGCUCCCGUGAUGGGGUUUUUGGCACAGAGCGAACAAAAUGGAUAUGAUGAUGUGACUGCAAAAGGGGCAGUUGGGGUAUAG